CCUGAAACCCAUGUGCAUUUUGUUCGACAAACCGUCAUCAAAACUAACAGAGUAUCAAUCUGGGCUAUGUACCUAGUAAAACCAUGCCCAACAAUCACAAUGGCACCAAUUCACACAUACUCCAAGCUCCAUUUGCUCCCAUGUGCACUUCAAGCUGCAAGAUAUUUAGUCGCAGCAUUCCCGUUGAAAUGAACCCAAAACGCCGUUUCCCGAUUACCCACCGAGGGUAUCCGAUUCCCUUUGCGUUGCUGCCAUAUCGGCCAAUAUGAAAAGAAUAAAUCGCUCUAUAAUUUGUGUUUUGUGAUGGGGAAAAAAAACGUUCAUGCGCAACUAGCGCAUCCCAGUUUCAUAACCUAAAAG